AUGGAGUACGACUUCCGGGGGAGCCGUUUGGGCUCGGGCUCGGGCCCCUACGGCGCGCCUCCGGGGGCCGCGCCCGGGGCAGGCUCCUCGCUCUACCCGCGCGUCGGGCAGCCCUCCCACGGCGGGGGCGGGGCCUCCACGGCGUCGCCGCGGGCCGCGCCAUACCACCACGGCUCCGGGUCCUCGGCUCCCGUCGUAACGCCGCUCGCUCCAACCUCCUCCUCCUCCUCGAGUAAUUCUCUCCCUUUGCCGCUUGAGGUGGGCAUACAAGUUACGAUAAAGCCUGAAUUCCGCAUUGCCCCACCUCCUCAAUUGCCACCACAGAUGGUAGAAAUUCCUCGCAGCACCUUCAACUUUGAUUUUGAGUAUGAGAGAAGGAUUCUUGCUGAGGCAGAGAAGGAGAACCCCAACUGGACUAAAUUCGUGGUAGAAAGACAGGCACCACUUCCUGUGGCACAGCAGGCUAGACCUGCAUCUUCAGGGGAUCCAGUUGUCGACAGGUAUGUCUCAAUGGGGCUUGGGCGUGAAGCUGUCUCAUUUGCGGUGUUGAAUUAUGGAGAUAAUCCAACAAAGGUGAAGGAGUUCGUGAAAUCCUACAACAUCCUCCACGAGAUGGGCUUCACAUCGCCAAACGUCCCCGAGCUGCUAGCCAUCCACGACAACGACCCCGACAAGGUCAUCCAGCGCCUGCUCUCCUCGCCAUCCUGA